CAAAUUCCUCGGGGCUCAGAUAUCCAGCCGCCACGUUUCCCCCGCCCCCCUCCGGCCUCGGGCAUAAAAGGCGCCAGGUGAGGGCCUCGCCACUCCCUCCUGCCAUCGCAGCUCUUGGCCGGCGUCGCUCCGUCCCGUCCGUCUCGCCAUGACUUCCUACAGCUAUCGCCAGUCGUCGGCCACCUCGUCCUUCGGGGGCAUGGGCGGCGGCUCCGUGCGCUUCGGGCCGGGGGGCGCCUUCCGCGCGCCCAGCAUCCACGGGGGCUCGGGCGGCCGCGGCGUGUCGGUGUCCUCCGCGCGCUUCGUGUCCUCGUCCUCCUCCGGGGGCUUCGGCGGCGGCUACACCAGCGUCCUGGCCGGGUCCGACGGACUGCUGGCGGGUAACGAGAAGCUGACCAUGCAGAACCUCAACGACCGCCUGGCCUCCUACCUGGACAAGGUGCGCGCCCUGGAGGAGGCCAACGGCGACCUGGAGGUGAAGAUUCGAGACUGGUACCAGAAGCAGGGCCCCGGGCCCUCCCGCGACUACAGCCCCUACUUCAAGACCAUGGAGGACCUGCGGGACAAGAUUCUUAGUGCCACCAUUGAGAACUCCAAGAUUGUCCUGCAGAUUGACAAUGCCCGUCUGGCUGCAGAUGACUUCCGCACCAAGUUUGAGACGGAGCAGGCCCUGCGCAUGAGUGUGGAGGCUGACAUCAACGGGCUGCGCCGGGUGUUGGAUGAGCUGACCCUGGCCAGGACUGACCUGGAGAUGCAGAUCGAAGGCCUGAAGGAGGAGCUGGCCUACCUAAAGAAGAACCACGAAGAGGAAAUCAGCGUCCUGAGGGGCCAGGUGGGUGGCCAGGUUAGUGUGGAGGUGGAUUCUGCUCCGGGCAUUGAUCUUGCCAAGAUCCUGAGCGACAUGCGAAGCCAAUAUGAGGUCAUGGCUGAACAGAACAGGAAGGAUGCGGAAGCCUGGUUCACCAGCCGGACUGAGGAGCUGAAUCGGGAGGUUGCUGGCCACACCGAGCAGCUCCAGAUGAGCAAGUCUGAAGUCACCGACCUGCGGCGCACUCUCCAAGGCCUGGAGAUUGAGCUGCAGUCACAGCUCAGCACGAAAGCCGCCCUGGAAGGCACACUGGCGGAAACCGAGGCCCGCUUCGGUGCCCAGCUGGCGCAGAUCCAGGCCCUGAUUGGCAACAUCGAGGCCCAGCUGGGUGAUGUGCGCACGGACAGUGAGCGGCAGAACCAGGAGUACCAGCGGCUCAUGGACAUCAAGUCGAGGCUGGAGCAGGAGAUUGCCACCUACCGCAGCCUGCUGGAGGGCCAGGAGGCCCACUACAAUGACCUGUCUGCCCCCAAGGUCUUGUGAGGCCACAGGCUCUGGGCUCCUGCCCUCCUGCGGGGGUGUCCUGGGCAGGGGGAUGGGAAGGGAGGGACCCUCACCUCUGGCUCCUCCCCUGACCUGCCAAUAAAAUUUGAUGACUCCAGGGAG